UCUAGAGGGACAAAGUAAUCCCUUGGGUAAUGUACCCAGAAAACAUCAGAGGACACUGUAAUCAAAUGAAACAUUUGUGUCCCAGACCAGUGCGUAGAAUAGCCGAAGGAUACAGUAACCCUAAAUUAUAGUUUAGCCCAGCACCGAAAGACACAAUAUAUUAUAAUCCUGAUGAGCAGAGAACAUAAGAAUACAACGUAAGCCCGAAACGCAAAGGAAACUAAGAAAUAAUAUAACCGAGGAGCCCUGGGUAACAAUGUGUUCUCGGGUAUAGACUAACUCCAAAGCAGCAUAUUAACUCCGCUGAAGUUUCUUUUUUCAUUAUAUUCAUCAAUUUCACUUAUUUCUGCCCCACUCUCCAAAUGAAAGUACAUCACUUUAAAUGUUCACUUGGCACAUAUUUUGCUUCUCUUUCGAAUACUCCCUCGAUGCUUAUCUCUCAUUUCCUCUGUCAAUCUGGCUUUCACUCCUCCUUUCAAAACGCGUUUCCCACCAGUCUUCGCGUGUUCUGGUCUGCAUCGGCCCCUGUGUAGGCCGUGCUUCCAGGGCGAAAUCUGGCCCUGUAGCCGAUCCGACGCCGGCCACGGGAGGAAAGAAAGGAGUGGAUAAACAAGAAGAGGGAGUUGAUGGAAAACAACCUCAACAGGUUGUCACCUUAAGAAGAUAACGGUGUUAUGAAUGCCUUGGAGGAACUUGAAGUAUGGAUUUGAACUUGUAACUGAAAGCACUUGGGGUCCAGGAGCCACUGUAGAUCAGUGAUUGGAAGAGUAAUAAGCAAGUUGAAGCUGAUGUAAGGUGGGACUUGGAAACAUGAAGUUUGCAAGACGUCAAGCUGAUUCAAAGUACAAUAAUGGCAGGUCAUUCAAGGUUCCACCCUAUGGAAUUUAAUGAAGUGCUGAAAAGGUCUGAAAUGGACAGCAGUGAGGGAAACACCUAUUAAUGGCUGGCCAGGACACAAGCCUGAAAGAGCAAGAGAAUCCUCAGGAGCGGGGCAUUCCACAUAUCUGGAGAGGGUAUGGUAACUCUGGAAUCCCGGAGCUGCUGCCUGGUUUUGGCAGAAAGGUUGUGUUACAGGCUGCCCUGGGAACAGAACACGGACUAUUCCUGACCGAAGAUGGCGAAGUCUACAGUUUUGGGCACUUCCCGUGGAGACCAGACUGUGACAGUAGAGAUUCAGCAGUCCCUAUGCUGGAGCAGGCAUUAGUCGGCCUGCACGUGGUUAAUGUGGCCGCUGGAAGUUACCACAGUGGAGCCGUGACCAAGGAUGGAGCAGUGUACAUGUGGGGAGAGAACUCAUCCUGUCAAUGUGCAAUCGAGAAUCAGAGACAGGUCCCCAAGCCCACCCUGGUCCCAAUUUCUGACCCUGAAUCCAGCCCCCCUGAGCUGACUCAAACAGUGCAGCUGGCCUGCGGAGAGCACCAUACGUUGGCUUUGUCGUCGAGGCGGGAGGUCUGGGCCUGGGGGAGCGGCUGCCAGCUGGGACUCAUCACUGCGACUUUCCCCGUGGCAAAGCCUCAGAAGCUGGAGCACCUGGCCGGCCGGGUGGUGGUACAGAUCGCCUGCGGUGCCCACCACAGCCUGGCGCUAGUUCAGAGACCCUUGCCCCAUGAGAAGCAGAACUCUGAAAAGUGCCACCACUGCCACCAGCUGCUGCUGACCAUGACUGACAAAGAAGACCAUGUGAUCAUAUCAGACAGUCACUACUGCCCCCUGGGUAUGGUGCUGUCCGAGUCUGAUCCCAAACCUUCUCAGUCAGACCUAGAAAACCACUCCCCUUCUCUCCCUCCCAAUCAUACCACAGAGUCUCACACCACUGAACUACCUCAGACUGUGCAGCCGGAACACGUCCUCUCUGUUGCCGAUCAGAUGGAAUUGACACAACAUCCAGGCAAAACUGAGGAUGGCAGUACAUCCAAUUUACUACUGGAGCCUAACGGAGCCCUGAAUAACUCGAAACCCAGGAGCUCUCAGUACCCUGAUGAGAAGGCUGUGCAGGAGUACCUCAGAAAACUGUCGGACAUUUCCCAGCAGGACAACCCCAUGAAAAGCACACACCUUCCAUGCUCGCGACACUCACCUUCAUUGGAGGAUGCCUGUCCCGCCAGUCCUUCAUCUGCAGCUCCAUCGACGUUUAAUAAUCUGGUGGUUUCCUGCGCCUCAGUGGUUGGCGAGAGGGUGGCAGCCACUUAUGAAGCCCUGUCUCUCAGAAAGGUUGUGAACUACUACUACCAGUCUCCAAGUCUGCCAGAAAGCAGUGGCAGCAGUACAGCAAGCGGUGGGACCCAGCACAAGGAGACGAGGGAGGAGCGGAUGAAAAGUGAAGAAUGCAUGCCCGACAAGAAAAGCUUCAGCUUGGGGGAUAUCCGAGAGCAAGGGUCAGAGGGCAUGUGUCGCCGCUUGUCUCUACCGGGACUCCUAUCUCAAGUUUCACCCAGGCUUCUCAGAAAAGCAGGACAUGGCAGAAUCAAACGAGUGAGCCUAACUCCUACGCCAGGAACCGACACUGAUACAAACCUUCCUUCCUUACAGACCGAGCUAUGGAGCUGGGGACGAGGUAAAGAGGGCCAGCUGGGUCAUGGAGAUGUGCUUCCCAGGCUUCAACCCUUGUGCAUCAAGAGUCUGAACAAUAAAGAAGUUGUCCAAGUAGUUGCUGGCGCAUAUCACUCACUGGCCUUAACUGCCAGGUCACAGGUCUAUUCAUGGGGCAGUAAUACUUCUGGACAACUUGGCCACACAGAGUCACCAACUGUUGUCCCUCGUCUUGUCAAGCUUCCUGAAGGUCUGUGCGUGUGGGAUGUGGCAGCAGGACAGGGACAUACAAUCUUUUUGGCUGAUGGGGAGUUUUUCCAGCCUAACGUGUACUACAGUGGACAGCAAGUUGUACAUGACACCAAGGACACUAACUGCAGUCCAACUUACACCAAGCAACCUGUGCUUCUGUCAGCAUGCAAUGAGCUUGGCUACAUAAACAGUCUGUUCGCUGGAGGGCAGAGGUGCCUUGCUCUUGCAGACAGGAAUGUCAUGGGGUAUAUCGCCAGCUUACAUGAAUUAGCAUCGUCGGAGAGGAAAUUCCACUGCAAGCUAAAUGAUAUGAAAAAUCAGAUUCUCAGACCUCUGCUGGGUUUAGAUAACUUGGCUUCUGCUUUGGGAUCAGCACUGAGUCAAUUACUACAGGCUGCUGCUAGUAAAUUUAGUAAACUGUGCUACCUGAUUGGACAACACAGUUUCACCUUGAAUAAAUUUCUUCACAGUUCAAAAGAUGUCAAGACACUUGUCAUGCUGGAGAAUUCAAAGGUCUUCCUGGACACUUUCAAAGAAUACUCCAGCUCGGUGGGGAACUUUGUGGUAGUUGGUGGUUUUCAAGCAUUAGCUAAACCAACAGUGGAGCUCUUCAACAGAAAUCUUCAGACCCUCCAGCAGUUGUCGGAAGUGACGGAUGAGAAUGUCUCAGCUGCUGAUCUCUUGCACAUUCUCUUCUACGUACCUACCAGGCAUUUGCAUGAAUAUGCACGUUUGCUGCUAAAGCUUGCAACCUGUUUUGAAGUGACUUCCAAGGAAUACCACAAAUUGCAGGAAGUCAGCUGCCAGUGUGAAGCUCUUGGUCUACACUUGAAGAAGAAACAGAAGGAAGCAGAAUACACAUACAGCUUUUGGAAGACUUUUCCAGGGAAAAUGACGGGUUUUCUGACAAGAUGUAUUACUGCCCUGAGUGAUUCUCUGAGAAAACCGGAACGUCGACUCAUCUGUGAGAGCAGUAACCGGACCUUGACACUGCAACAUGCUGGCAGAUUCUCCAUCAACUGGUUUAUCCUCUUCAAUGAUGCACUUGUCCAUGCUCAGUUUUCCACUCACCAUAUAUUCCCCCUCACCACGCUCUGGAUAGAACCCCAACUUGAAGAAAGCAGCAACCCGAAUGCCCUGAAGAUAACUACGCCUGAAGAACAGUUCAUCCUCACUGCGGCAUCUCCACAGGAGAAGACAAAGUGGCUAAGAGCAAUUAACCAAGCUGUAGAUCAGGCAUUGAGUGGAGCUUCAGAUAACGUGGCUCUUGGACUGGGUGGUGUCAUACGAGUAGAACCUCCAAUUUCUCGCACUGCCAGUUACACCUUCUACAAGGACCCACGGCUGAAGGAGGCAACCUAUGAAGGUCGUUGGUUGGCUGGAAGACCGCAUGGCAAGGGUGUAUUGCGGUGGCCUGAUAAGAGAUUCUAUUCUGGCGAUUUCAAAAAUGGUUUGGAGGAUGGGUAUGGAGAGUUGAUUGUGCCCUGCAAAGCACUCAAGAAGAACAACCACUAUCAGGGCCACUGGAAAGAAGGCAAGAUGCAUGGCCAUGGAAUUUAUAAGUAUGCCACAGGAGAGGUGUAUGAGGGAAAUUUUCAAGAUAAUAUGCGUCAUGGGCAUGGCUUGCUCCGAAGUGGAAAGCUGACAUCAUCCUGUCCCAGCAUGUUCAUUGGCCAGUGGGCACAAGACAAAAAAAUGGGCUACGGUGUAUUUGAUGAUAUCACGAGGACACCUGCCUUCUCAUGUCCUGCUUCCACCAGGAGGGUGGGAUGGUCCUGGCCAUGGACGUCUCGGGUGUCAUCAUCAGUGCAGCUCCAUAACCAGCCAGUGGGAGGCACAGGAGGGGAGAAGUACAUGGGCAUGUGGUUGGAUGACACUCGCCACGGGAAUGGAGUUGUGGUCACUCAGUUUGGCCUGUACUAUGAAGGCACCUUCAGCAAUAACAAAAUGAUGGGCAAUGGUAUCCUGCUGUCUGAGGAUGACACCAGCUUUGAAGGAGAGUUCUCCGAUGACUGGAUCUUAAAUGGAAAGGGAGUUCUGACCAUGGCAAAUGGUGAUUACUUUGAGGGAACUUUCAGCGGAGAGUGGGGAGCAGGGAUUAAAGUUGCUGGAACGUACUUCAAACCUAAUUUAUAUGACAGUGACAGAGAGAAAGCCCGUGCAUUGAAGCUAGGUCAACUGGCAGUUGAUCCUGAUGAGAAAUGGAAGGCUGUGUUUGCGGAGUGCUGGAGUCAGCUUGGUUGUGAAUCUGCUGGGCAGGGAGAUGUCCCCAGGGCCUGGGAGAACAUUGCAGUGUGUCUCACCGCAAGCAAACGGCAACACAAGGAUAGCCCUGAUUUCCGGAGUCGAUCUCAUGCACAAACACUGGAAAGUUUGGAAAUUAUCCCUCAGAUCACUGGCCCUAUCACACUGGACAAGUAUGAAGCCAUCAGAAAAUACUUAAUGAAGGCAUGUGACACACCUUUACACCCACUGGGGCAUCUCCUGGAGACAUUGGUAGCAGUGUAUAGAAUGACUUAUGUGGGAGUUGGUGCUAACCGGCGGUUACUCCAGCAAGCAGUCAACGAAAUCAAGUCAUACCUAACUCGCAUCUUUCAGCUGGUCAGAUUUCUUUUUCCAGAUCUCCCAGAUGGGGGCAGUCUGAUCCCAGUAAAAGAUAGGAAAGCUCCUGGCAGUGAGGAAGGGGAAUCCUCUGAUACUGGGAGCCAAAUGAUCACAAGUUGCAGUCUGCUCCUUCCAGUUCUCUUACCACGGCUCUACCCACCUCUCUUCACACUCUAUGCUCUGGACAACGAGAGGGAAGAGGACAUUUACUGGGAGUGUGUGCUCCGACUGAACAAGCAAACGGACCUGGCGUUACUGGGCUUCCUUGGGGUGCAGCAGAAGUUCUGGCCUAUUACUGUCUCUGUGCUGGGAGAGAAGAUUGAGAUUCAAUCCACCACAAAGGAGGUUUGCUAUGCUUCCGCUGUUGAAUGUUUACAGCAGAUCAGCACUACCUUCACUCCAGCUGACAAGCUGAAGGUUAUUCAGCAGACCUUUGAGGAGAUCACACAGGAGGUGCUGACAAUGCUGCAGGAAGAUUUCCUGUGGUCCAUGGAUGAUCUGUUCCCUGUCUUUUUAUAUGUGGUGCUUCGGGCAAGGAUCAGGAAUCUGGGAUCAGAAGUUCACCUUAUUGAGGAUUUGAUGGACCCUUCUGUUCAACAUGGAGAACAGGGCAUUAUGUUCACCACACUAAAGGCCUGUUAUUAUCAAAUUCAGCAUGAGAAGCUAACAUAGAAGAACAACCCUUCUUGCUGAUGGAAUGGUCCUUUGCACAAUUUGGAGAGCGGGUCUGUGGGCAGGCCAACAUAGACACAUUACCUCAUACACUCAUGUAUUAGCUCACAUAAGCCUGCACAUUUAGCAUUCUCUCCCCCCGUCCCCAUUUCAUACCUGAUUCCCAUCCACUCUCAGCCAAAUCAUGCCUGUACACCGUUGCUCCUCUCCAUAUCUAAACAGCCAGCAACUACCCGUCUGACAAAUGAAAAUCCAGUGAUGACAUGCUCUGCCGUGUUUUAAUUCUGAAUAUUUGAAUGUACAUCUUGUUUUACUUGGAAUUGGUAUUUAAUUGAAUAAUAAAGGGUAAAUUGUUACUCUAGGAUAAAAGGUUCUGAAUGUAGCGGUGUAUAGAAGGAAAUGCAUUAGAUUGAAGUAUUGUAAAUAUACAUUAUGCUGGACUGUUUUGGAAAUAGUACAUUAAUUAAGCAUUUGUCAGAAACUUUCUGCACUAGUACCUUGUGCUUCAAGGAUGGAAAGUACUGUCACUACCUGGCCACUUGGACCAAUAAUAUUUCAUGAGCACAACUCCUUGUCUGUUUGGGAUAAUACGGGUGUGUGUGUGUGUGUGUGUGUGUGUGUGGCUGACCCGAAUGGAGAUAAAAAUCAUGAUGUUACUAAGUUAAUCUAUACAAAAUCCAUUAAACAGAAUACAUCUGGAGAGCUGUGCAGUUUUGAGCUUCACAUCAUAGAAAACAUGUUACAGACGGCGUGGUUCGUGCUCUGUAGGAAUUGGGAUUGUUUUCAUUAGAAUGGAGGACUGUUGAUGGAAUGAAACCAAGUAGACAGAUACAGGCCAUCUCCAAUGAGUGGGGGCUUUAGAAUGUGCACCAAAAACAUAGAGUUUGAGUUUUUUUUUAAGGUGAGUUUUUAAAGUAGGAAAUUCUAUAACUUAAGACGUGGGUACCUUUUAGUGAAUCAGUCACAUUGAGGUAUUUUCAAGAAGCCAGAAUUGAACAUUGACAGAUUUCAGGGCUACAAGAUUUGGUAACAGAAUAGGAGGUGUGAAACUAUAAGUGGGGUUUGAGCAAAUUUUAAAAUCCAAGUGUUGCUCAACUGAGAGUAGUGUAGGUCAGUUAGCACAGAAGUGAUGGGUGAAUUUUUGCAGUGCUUUCGAUUGAUGUUUUUUAAGGAAUAGAAUGAACAAUGCCAAAGAUGAGUAUGUUGGGAUUCAGCCUAGAGGCAACGAAGAUGGGUUAUAGCAGCUGCUGGGCUUAGCUGGAGCAGAAUGGAAUAGUGAUGGGGAGGUAGAAGUUUGUAGCCUAAAGAAGGAUCUACAUCAAAAGUCAAAAGUUCAUGUUAGGUUCCAGUUUGCAGCUUGAUUCAUCUGAUACAGCUUAUUUCCAGAGGGAUGGAGUCAGUGGCAAGGAAGGAAUUGUGUCUAAGAUGAAUGACUUUGAUCUUCUGAGUGGUUCGUUGGAAGACAUUUCCUAUCAUUUGAUAAGACCAUCAGACAUGAGCAGAAUUGGGCCAUUCAGUCUGCCUUGAUUUAUUCCUCUCAAUCCCAUUUUCCUGCCUUCUUUGUAACAUUUGACACCCUGACUAAUCAAGAACCUCUGCUUUAAAUAUACUCAAUUACUUGACCUCCACAGCCAUCUGUGGCAGUAAGUUCCACAGAUUCACCACCACUUGGCUAAAUAAAUUUCUCCUCAUCACUCUUCUAGAUGGACAUUCCUCUUGUGCCCUCUGGUCCUAGACUCCCCCAGUACAGGAAACAUGCUCUCCUUAUCCACUCUAUCUAGGUCUUUCAAUAUUCAAUAGGUUUCAAUGAGAUCCUGCCCCUGCCUCAUUUUUCUAAACUCCAUUGAGUACAGACCCAGAGCCCUCAAUUGGCCUUCAAAGAUGACCCUUUCAUUCCCAGAAUCAUUGUUAUGAAUCUCCUCUGGACCCUCUCCAAUGCCAGCACAUCUUUUGGAUAAGGGGCCCAAAACUGGCCUCAAUAUUCCAGUUAUGGUCUCACCAAUGUCUUAUAAAGUAUUAGCAUUACAUCCUUGCUCUUGUAUUUUAGUCCUCUUGAAAGGAAUGAAGGCAUUUGCUUUCCUUGCCACUGACUCAGCCUGCAAGUUAACCUUUAGGGAACCCAAUGCAAGAACUCCCAAGUCCCUCUGCACCUCUGAUUUUUGAAUAUGCUCCCCAUUCAGAAAAUAGUCCACACCUUUAUUCCUUCUACCAAAGUGCAUGAUCAUACACUUUCCUACAUUUGUUCCAUCUGCCACUACUUUGCCCAUUCUCCCAAACUAUCUAAAUCCUUCAGCAGACUCCCUACUUCCUCACCUACCUGUCCCUCCAUCUAACUUUGUAUCAUUCACAAACUUGACCACAAAGCCAUCAAAUCUAUCAUCUAAAUUACUGAAAUACAAAGUGGAAAAAAAAAACUGGUUCCAAUACCAACCUCUGCAGAACUAGUCACCAGCAGCCAACCAGAAAAGGCUCCCUUCAUUCCCACUCUUUGCCCCUACAAGUCAGUUAAUCUUCUAUUCAUGCUAGUAUCUUUCCUAUAAUACCAUGGGCUCUUCUGUUAAGCAGCCUCGUGUCCAGUACCUUGUCAACAGUCUUCUGAAAAUCCAAGGAAACAACAUCAAUUGACUCUCCUUUGUCUAUUCCACCUGUCAUUUCCUCAAAGACUUCCAACAGAUUUGUCAGGCAUGAUUUCCCCUUAAACCACUGGCCUGUUUUAUCAUUUGCCUCCAAAUACCCUGAAACCUCAUUGUUACUAAUGGACUCCAGCAUCUUCCCAGCUACUGAAGCCAGUCUAACUGGCCUAUAAUUUCCUUUCUUCUGCUCUUCCCUUCUUGAAGAGUGGUGUGACAUUUGUGAUUUUCUAGUCUUCCAAAACCAUUCCAGAAUCCAUUGAUUCUUAAUCAUUACUAAUGCCUUCACAGCUACCUCUUUCAGAACCCUGAGGUGUAAUUCAUCUGAUCCAAGCAACUUGUCUACCUUCAGACCAUUCAGCUUCCCAAGCACCUUUUCUUUAGUAAUAGCACCUACUCGCUUCUGCCCCUGACACUCUUGAAUUUCUGGCAUGCUGCUGGGUUCUUCCACAGUGAAGACUGAUGCAAAACACUUAUUCUGCUUGUCUGCUAUUUCUUUGUCCCACAUUACUACCUCUCCAGCAUCAUUUUCCAGCAGUCCAAUAUCCACUCUCAUCUCUUUGUUUUACUCUUUAUAUAUCUGGAAGUGGGGGUAGAACUUUGGUAUCCUUUUAUAUUUUUGGCUAGCUUGCCUUCAUACUUCAUCUUUUCUUUCCUUACUGUCUUUUUCAGUUGUCUUCCAUUGUUUUUUUUUUAAGCUUCCCAAUCCUCUAACUUCCCACUAAUUUUUGCUCUAUUAUAUGCCUUCUCUUUUGCUUUUCUGCUGUCUUUCACUUCCUUUGUCAGCUACAGUUGCCUCAUUCUCCUUUUUAAAAUACUACUUCAUCUUUGGGGUGUUUCUAUCUUGUGCCUUCUGAAUUGAUCCCAGAAAUCCCAACUAUUGCUGUUCUGCUGUCAUCCCUGCUAGUGUCUCCUUCCAGUUAAUUUUGGCCAGUUCCCCUCUCAUGCCUCUAAUUACAUUUACUCCACUGUAAUACUGAUACAUCUGACUUGGAUUUCACCCUGCAGAGGGAGAUGAUGAUCAUGCUAUGAUCACUGCCUCUUAAGCGUCCCUUUACCUUGAGCUCCAUCAAAUCUGGUUCAUUACACAACACCCAAUCCAACUUUUCCUUAUCUUCUAGUGAUCGAGAAAGCCACCUCAUGGGCUUUCUGCAAACUCCCUCUCUUGGGAUCCUGCACCAACCUGAUUUUCCCAACCUACUACCUGCAUUUUGAAAUCCCCCAUGACUAUCAUAACUUUUUACAUGCCUUUACCAAAGUAUCUCCCAUUGUAAUUUGUAUCCCACAUACUUGCUUCUGUUCAGAAGCCUGUGUAUAAACUCCUAUCAUAAGGGUCUUUUACCAUUGCAUUUUCUGAACUCUGCCCACAAAGAUUCUAUUCUUCUGAUCCUAUGUCACCCCUUCCUUCGGAUUUGAUUUCAUUUUUUUUACCAACAGAGCCACCCACCUCCUCUACCUACCUGCCUGUCCUUUUGAUACAAUGUGUAUCCUUGGAUGUUAAGAUCCCUAAUAUCAUGAAUACAGCAGAACGAAACAGUGUUCCUUGGGGUCAAGGUGCAAAACAUACAAAGCAUAUUCAAAAUAGAAGCAAACAAGUAGUCAUACAAAAAAACAUAAUGUAUAGCCCAAGUCCUGCAAAUUUAUGGUGCAAUUCUCAGCAGUGCACAAACAUUCAGGAGCAAUCCAACUUGUCAUUCUACCACUUGAACACUGGAGGGCAGCACUGACAGGAGAGAGAGUCCCACCAGUGUUGUGAUAACUUGAGAAUGGAGGGGCCAAAAAAAAAGCAGCUUGCAAUUAAUAUUGUUUUAAGAUGCUGAGGAACUGCCUCCAGGUGAGAAAUAGGGACUCACCUGGUCCCUGAACUCCUCCAUCCUGAUCAAAAAGGCACAACAACGCCUUUAUUUCCUGCAGAACAUGAAGAAAGCUCGCCUCUGUCCCAGGAUACUGACUGACUUUUAUCACUGUACCAUUGAGAGCAUACUCACCAACUGUAUCUCAGUGUGGUAUGGCAACUGUCCUGUAUCGGACCGCAAAGCACUCCAGCAUAUGGUGAAAACUGCCCAGUGGAUUAUCGGCACCCAAUUGCCCACCAUUGAGAACAUCUACCAUAAAUGCUGCCUGGGUAGGGCGAAAAGCAUUAUCAAGGAUGCAUCUCACCCUAACCAUGGACUUUUUACUCUCCUCCCAUCCGGUAGGCGCUACAGGAGCCUCCGCUCCCGCACCAGCAGGCACAGGAAGAGCUUCUUCCCUGAGGCUGUGACCCUGCUGAACCUCACAUCACAGCGCUAAGCAGUAUUGCAUCUGUAUUGUACUGUCUCAGUACUUUUAUAUUUGUGUGCUGUAGCACUGUUUUUAUUCGCAGUUAUUUUGUAAAUAACACUAUUCUUUGCAUUUCUGGUUAGAUGCUAACUGCAUUUCAUUGGCUUUGUAUCUGUACUUGGCACAAUGACAAUAAAGUUGAAAUCUAAUAUCUAAUUUAGAUGAGAGCCAAAGAUUGACUUGGAAACAACAGAAUGAAAAUAGACACCACAGUGUUGCAAUUGGUAAGUUGCUAUCUCGUCUGGGUUCAGUCCUGACCUUGGGUGCUGUCUGUGACUGCAUGGGUUUCCUCAUGAUUUUCUGCUAUCAGUGUGCAGUUUGGUAGAUUAAUUAGCCAUGGUAGUGUGUCGGUAAUUGGCCUGUAGAGUCAGUGAGUGGUAGAAUCUGGGAUGAGUUGAUCAAACUGUGAGAAAUAGAAUUGGAUUAGAAAAGGAUGAACAUAAAGUGAUGCUUGAUAGUUGAUGUAGUCUCAGUAAGGUAUGCUGUUUGAUUCUGGUACCCCCUUGUUAAAGAGGAAAAUAAUCACUGGCUCCCUGAGUCUUGCGAGGGCGAGAGUACUGUUGGUUUCCUCAAUCCUGGAAGGGGUGAUAAGUUCAAGUGAUGCCAUCUCUCUCUGCCCCUGAAAUAGAUAUCUGCAAGAAAACUCUCCCCUACAGUGAAAGGCCUCCUGUUCUAUUUUCUGAUUUUCAUAUCCUCAGCACUAUCCACAGGCCUGUUGUUUCCUUGCAUGAUUCCCCCCCCCAUCUCUCCCCCUUUUUAAAUGUCUGAUUUGGAGUGAUUAAAGCGCAUUGAAUUCUCAACUUCGUGUAGAAAUGGAAAAAGGAGUUUGAUUCUUAGUAAUCAUUCUUUGCAAUUAAUUCUUCCUGAAUGGAUUACUCCUGUCUUCCCAAAGUACUUCCGGAUACUUUGCAGUUCAUAAUGCUGUAACUCUUUAUUUCUGUGUUUCCAUUGUCCAGCUUUGGGAGGGUAAAUUCUGCAAGUCCAUAGAAGAAAGUGGAUCACGGGAGCAAAGUAUCACUUUUUUUGUGGUCAGUCAGUUGCACUUUGCUCUAAGUCAGGAUUGUGGCCUCAACCCACUAGAAGUCUAAGCACACAAUGUCUCAUAUUGGCACUUUCACUUAGUCUGGGAAGUUUUGGGUUAGACCAUAAAACAUAGGAGCAAAAUUGGGCCAUUUGACCCAUCUAUCUGCUCCUCCAUUCAAUCAUGGUUGAUCCUUUUCUCACCCCCUUCCUCAGCCCCACUCCCCGGCCUUCUCCCCGUAACUUUUGAGGCCGUGUCCAAUCAAGAACCUAUUUUGUAGAUUGUAGGUGAAGAUGAUAUGGUAAACUCCUUUUUGGAGGGACAAUUUUGGUGGCAUUGCACCAAAACCACCAGAAGCAUUUUCUCCAAUAUUCUUGUUAAUGUUCAUCCCCCAGUCAACAUAAAAUCUGACUUACCUGGUUUGUUCUCAUGGACUGGUCUGUCUGAACUUCUAUUCAGAUUGUCUGCUGGGUUCCUGACCUCAGACCUGAGACCAUACUUCACACUAAUGAACUGAUUGAUUAAUGCUUUCAGGUGUAGUGAAGGCAUCUGCAGAAUUCAAACUUUUCUCUCUGGUUUUGGACCAGAGGUGUGAGAAAUUUAUUUUGUUGAAUUGUUCUUUUACCAAGUGGACAGAAGGAAAAAAAGGAAGAGUUUACUACCUUUUGGAGCCCACUGUUUCUGAAGAGUCAAUUUUAGCACUUCAUUAUGUAAUUGAUGCUACCAUUCAGAUAAAUGAGGAUUUCUAAGAAAUAUUUAAUUUGAAAAGAAUAAACUUGGAGCUAAACAAAUAAUCUCAAACUGUUUUCUUUAUUUUGCUUAUCUGCCAAAAUGCUGCUGCACGCAAUUGACCAUUAUUUUUCUGGUUAGCAAAACUUGCCUACAACAUUACACUACAGUAACAGCAAUCUUAACCCAAGGCUAGGCAUUUUUAACAGAUGAAGGAAUUUAAUUUAGUCUCCCUGCUUUUUCAUCCUUAUCACCUCCAUCGCUAUUUGUUUAGUUCCCUUCUAAACCACGAGCAGAUACAGCUCUUGCAGAGAAAGUAGACUAUGAAUAUUAAACACUGUACAAAAUUCCUCUUACCACACCCUCUAGGAUGAAGUUCUCCCUGCCAUCUGUUUCUCAGAUGGGGUGGCAAUCUGUCCUGUUCGCAGUGCCAAAGAGUGCUUAACCAUCACUGGAUCUUCAGCACAUUCCCAAUUAUGACCCUAUCUUGUCUACCCCCUCAUUGCAUCAUUUACCCCCCCCCCCAAGUCUCUACCACUUUGCUGCUUUCUCCUGGGGAGUUGCAGUUCACUGAGCCGAGUUACCUUUCAACAUUUAACAUAUUUGAAACGACUAAGCUUCCUUGAAUGUAUAUUUAACAUAAUAUUGACUGACAUCCUGUUUGAGUAUCCUGGUGUUGACAAGUUCUAUAAAUGCUGGUGUCUUUUAAUCUCGACUGAAAACCAUUUGAAUGCCCUCGCCCUUGGUUCUUCUAACUCUGCAGGGUGCUUGUCCUAGAAAUCAUCGCUUGGUUCCUUGUCAUUGAAACCUUUCCAUCCCAGCUAGAUCGACGGGCUUCUGCUUCUAGGAUGGCUGAGAUCUCCCACAGCAGCAGAUCAAGCAUCUUAUCGAGCUGGCUGCUCCAAUUUUCACAGGGCCUUCCCUUGGGCAGUCUGCCUGAUGUCUCCUCUCCAUAACACUCUGCCUACUUGAAUGCCUGUGUUGAUUGCUGUAGGGAGAAUUGACACACAGGCAUGGGUGGUCAGAAUGUGCUUUAUUCUCUUACCAUGAGUUUACAAAGAAUUUUAAUUGCUUUUUAAAAUUUUUGCUGUUUUGUGUAUUGUUGGCAUUGAGCAUGAAGUAUUGCAGGAAACUGGCCAACCUCUGAAUUAUGACAUUAAUUUAUCAUAGUAUUCUCCAUUGAUUCCCCUCUCCCUCCCCAAUAGUGAAAAGUAGCCUCACUUCGACCCAACUGCCAGAAAAUGACAAUUACUCUAAGAUGACACAAUUGGAUCCUGACAUGACUCCAUUGUUUACAAAGACUUUGGUAAUGAGAAGAUGACCCGAUGCACCAAGUAACCAAAAAUAAAUGAUGGAAAUGAAAAGCAGAGCAUUACAAAGCCUGUUGGACAGGAACCCUGCAGAGAGUCUUAAGUGCUUUAUCUCUGUAAAAUAUGCCUCAGUGGUUUACAGUAUCCUGUUUAUUAAUAAAGAUUAAUAUUUUGUAUUGUGAAAAUUGUUUAAAAAGAUUUAAUUCUGAAGUAUGUACAGAGCUGUUUAGAACUGAUGCUAUAUACUGGAGUGCUUCACAGUACAUUGAACUGUUGUAACCUACUUGGUGGCAAUAAAGUGGAAAUAUGG